AUCAUGGCCCGCGCCAAUCCCUGUUUCCGGCAAUGCUUGUUUCUUUCCUCCUGAACUGUUUUCGAUUGCAAUAUUCUUCUUUUCUUUUUUUGUUUCUGGCAUGAGCUUAUGCGGUUACGAUAUCUAUGAAUAAUCAUUUUCUUCUCUUCUCUCACCUAAUCUCGCUUCCAACUAAAUCACCCGCUGGUCUACAAUUACUUCGUCUCGGCUAUUCGCAUCGGAGACACCAUGUCAAGGAGCAGGAGUAGCAGCCUGCUUUCCGGCGUAGACGCCAUUGAGACUCGUUCGAUCAUGUCAAUGCAUGAGCUAGAGCCGUCACCCACUGGGGACUAUUUUCCCGAUUUGCACAAUGCAAGCACGUCAGAGCCUCGUUCGGUUGGUAUAUCACGCUUAGGUUUGAAGAGCCACAAUUGGGACUAUUGGUUAUCAGCAAUCCAGCGAUAUUCGACCUAUCCACCAACCGUUUUCUUUGCCUUGCAUGCCGCUAAUACGUCUCUCAUACCUCUGGUUACGCGCUCAGUGCCCUCUAGCGAAUCGUUUCUACUACUUACACGCCCUAUCUACCAAUCACCCUCCCUCGAGCCUUUGAUGGUAGCCCUCCCAAUCUGCGCACACAUCGCCUCAGGCCUGUCUCUCCGCAGCAUUCGCGCGCGCAGACGAGCAAGAAUGUACGGCGCCGAGUCACGGUCACAACGACACCUGAUCAAAUCCUGGCCGGUACCGAGCUUGCAGGCCAAAUUGGGGUACGCAAUGAUUCCGUUGUUGAGUCUGCACGUGGGGAUCAACCGGGCAAUUCCGCUGCAAAUUGAUGGCGGCAGUUCAAGCGUUGGCUUGGGCUAUGUUGCCCAUGGUUUUGCGCGGAGCCCGUUCCUCUGGAACUUGUUUUAUAUCCUGUUCGUUGCAACCAGUGUCUGGCAUAUGGUUGGUGGGCUGGCGACGUGGAUGGGGAUUCGGGUCACCACAGUUCGCACCGAACGAGACCAGACGCACAAAACUGGGAUUCUCGGCGAGACAAGACCUGAUCAGCAAAAGAGGAGAAAGAAUAAAUGGCUUGUUCAUGGGAUUGCCGCGCUCACUACCGCCAUCUGGCUUGCCGGUGGUCUGGGGAUACUCAGCUGCAUUCUCACUGCCAAACAUCCUCGUACUACGCCGUCUUGUUUCUGCCGGAUCGCAAGAACGAUGGCCACAGAAACAGCGAAUACCACUUCGACGCCGUCAUUGGUGAACAUUGAUGGAAAGGAGUAUGAGCCUGUCAAAGAAGGGCUGGCAUACAUUUUGAAGCCAGUCACGGAUAGCCCUCCGCCACAAAACCCCCGCGGAGGCGCCUCCGAACCGCAAGCGUCGGUCUUUUAUAAUCCCAUUCAGCAAUUCAAUCGUGACCUGAGUGUCAUUGCGAUUAAAGCGUAUGCAAAUCACGUGCUAGCUUCUGGGGAUAAACCAAACAAGUACCAGCGUCAAAAGAAAGAUCGGAAGAGCAAGAAAAGGAAGAGAGAAGAUGAUAGUGAGGACGCGCGAAAUCCAGUUACAGCAGAAGGUGAACAAAACGGGGCGGUUGCUGUCCGAGAUAAGGAAGUCGGGGAUGGGAAGCUGACCGCAAGCACUACGACGGAUGAACAAUCGCCAGCGCUCAGCUUUCGAAUACUAGAUGCGCUGUCUGCUACAGGGCUCCGGGCACUACGAUACGCCAAGGAAGUGCCCAUUGCAACAAACAUAGUCGCCAAUGACUUGUCUUAUAGCGCUAUCGAUGCGAUAAAAACUAAUAUAAAGUAUAACGGUGUCGAAGAAGUCGUUCGUCCGAAUGUUGGAGAUGCUCGGAAGUAUAUGUACAGUGUGCAGCUGGAGAAGAGGACAGAGGCUUCCGGGAAAUUCGAUGUUAUAGACCUCGAUCCUUAUGGCACUGCAGGUCCCUUCCUGGAUGCUGCCGUUCAGGCAGUUAAGGAAGGUGGUUUGCUAUGCGUGACCUGCACGGAUGCAGGAAUUUUUGCCUCAACCGGAUAUCCAGAGAAGACAUUCUCUUUGUACGGAGGUAUACCGUCAAGAUUGCCUUAUGGGCAUGAGGUUGGACUGCGUCUUAUUGUUAACGCUAUAGCGACUGCGGCUGGAAAAUACGGGCUAUCUGUUGAACCUUUACUUUCUCUCUCCAUCGAUUACUACGCACGAAUAUUCGUCCGUGUUCACAAGUCUCCUGCAGAAGUCAAAGCACUUGCCGGCACCACAAUGCUUUUAUACUGUUGUGACUCCGGGUGCGGUGCUUGGUCACAGCAAUAUCUCAUAAACACCAAAACAAAACUUAGCAAAUCCGGCGAGUCGAUCUACCACCAUUCUCUAGCACAGGCACCAACAACAUCGCAAAACUGUGAGCACUGCGGCUUCAAAAGACAUCUAGCUGGGCCUAUGUGGGGAGGUCCACUACACAACAACGCUUUCAUACAGAAGGUGUUGGCCAUGAUUCCCGAACUCGAUCCGGAGACUUAUCAGACUUUGGAUCGAAUCAAAGGCAUGUUGACCACAGCCCUUGAGGAAGAUCUAGAUUACGUCCACCCCCAAACCCCCGGAUCUGCCGAGAAACCAUCAUCAUCAUCCUCCGAGCCGCAGCAGCAGCAGCAGCAGCAGGGGUCAGCAGUCACCACCGAAAACGAAGAGAAACUCCUCAUCUCCCCAUUCAUCCCUCGACUCAGCCCACAUCUCAAAGAGAAAUACCCAUUCUUCGUGAGCCUCAGCGCUUUAUCCAGAGUCCUGCACACUCAAACCAUUUCCCUUGACCAAUUCUGCGGUGCUCUAUACGGUCUUGGCUACCGCGCAACACGCAGCCACACAAAACCCAAUUCCGUGCGCACCGACGCGCCUUGGGAUGUGAUUUGGGAAAUUUUGCGGGAAUUUGUGCGCCAAAAAUGGCCUUUGAAGGAAGGCGCAUUAGCCCCAAAUUCUCCUGGUGCGGGGAUCAUGAAGAAAAAUAGAGUUAAUUACGAGGGCCAGCAGGCACUAGCUGCUUUACAGCAAGAAAUCGCCGAGGCGCUGGAAUCUGGAACGGAUGUGCGCGACUUGACGACAAAGCUUCAAGCGGCUCUGUAUCGCCGAGGAGCGCAGGCACCUCCCUUAACCUCUGCUGUUACUACGAAACCGGUCUCGGGGCAUCAAAAUGAGGAAAUCAGUAAAUCGAAUAAUCAGGGAAAGGUAUCAAACGGGAACAUCUCACAUCCACCAGAACGUCCUCAUCCGAGUACACUCGAAAUCGUCUUUGAUGAAGCUCUCGGCGUCAAGGCAUUAUCGGCAAAGAAAAGCGUCGUUCGGUAUCAGAUGAAUCCGAAAGUGAAUUGGGGACCGAUGAAUCGUGCUUCGGGGUAAUCAUUUAUCUCAAUAUGUAUGGAUAUGAGCAUAUUUUGUGUGUCUAUGUUUUGAUGUACGACUACUCUUCAUUACUACAGUACAAAUGCAUCUAGCAGUUGGAUUAUGUA